ACCAAGGGCCGCUCUCUCCUCUCUGAAUAGGCAGUCUGAGGUUUUUUUUAUUUUGAAUCAAAUUUAAAGUCACUGAUUUCAAUGAAAUUAAGCAUUUAAUUAGCCUUUGAUCGAGUGAUUCGAGUACCCACUCACCAGCCGCCCUCCCCUCGUCCGCCCGAUAACCACGGACAAUCCAAGAAAAGCUCCGAAAGUUUCAAAGAAGUAGACCAAAAGACUACAGCGUGCCGCAAAAGCCGAAAGAGAGUAAUUUUUAGUGCGAGGUGCAUGCAGCACGUUGUAAUUAGGUUAGCAGCAUAUAGCAGCACCACAUAACACCAUAAAAUGGCACAGCAGCAAGGCAUGGACUCAGCCUUGUUCGAGCGGCGACUGCGUCCGGUCUAUGAUAACUUGGAGGUGGGCAACAACCGAAAGGCCCUGCAAGAGUCCGAGAAGCUGCUCCGAAAACAUCCCACCCUGCUAUGCGCCCGUGCCCUGAAAGGACUAUCCCUUCUUCGACUGGGGCGCUACGACGAGAGUCACGGAUGCCUCCAGACCGUUGCCUUAGAGAAGCCCACGGAUGACUCCACGCUGCAGGUGCUGUCCUUCUGCUACCGCGAAAUGGAGCAACUGGACAAAAUUGUGGAGCUGUACCAGCACGCGGUAAAGCAGAAUCCCGGAAACGAGGAGCUGCUCGCCCAUCUCUUCAUCUCGCAUGUUAGGGUGGAGGACUACAAGGCUCAACAAGCAGUUGCCCUGCAACUGUUCAAGGCUCAGCCCAAAAAUGCGUACUACUUUUGGUCCGUCAUUAGUGUGGUGUUUCAGGGAAUUCGAGGGCCAGAGUCGGCGAUGCCUGAGAAGCGAAAAAUCUACUUGGCACUAGCGCAGCGUAUGGUUGACAAACACAUCAAGGAGGGCAAGAUGGAGACGGAACAGGAGGCCUUCCUCUAUCUGCACAUCCUUAAGCUUCAGAAUAAGUACCAAGAGGCUUGGGAUUUUCUCACCGGAGAGCUGUGUGCCAAGCUUUAUCCUGGCGCACCGGUCAGCAUGAAGUUUGAACUACUUAAGGAACUGGGAAACUGGCGGGAGCUAAAUGAACUAUUGCAACAGCUUCUUGACGCAGAUCGCGACCGCUGGGACUUUUACAAAGAGUAUAUCCAAAGUUCGUUUGAAUUGCUGAGAUUGACGCCGCAGGCAAGUGAGAACGGGGACAGAGAUUCGCUGGCCAGGUGUCAGGAGUUUCUUCAGGGCAUUAUUGAUUCUUCGGAGCGAAAAAAACGGGGUCCCUAUCUGGCGCGUUUAGAGCUUCAUCAGCGCAUGCGAGCAGAACAUCUGCCGGCGGAGGAACUCAUUGGCGACUUUGACGAGAUGGUAAUCCAAUACUUCCAAUUGUUCGGCGACAAAUCCUGCUGCACCCAUGAUAUUGCCUUGUUCUUGCCUUCGGUUAGCAUGAAGCAGCGGCAGGCUUUGGCCAGCAAGCUGCUGUUGGAGAGCGGAGUCACCUCCACGUCGCUUCCAAAGAAUAAAGAGCAGAUGCAGAAGCACCUUUGCGCUCUGCAAAUAUCAAGGAUGUGCGGCUCUCACAUGGAUCUGCCCGUGGAUCACCUGCUCGCUUUUUAUACAGCCCUAAAACUGCAUUACGAGCAUGGUCGGAGUACUUUUGGCAAGAAAUUGCUGGCCACGGAAAUGGGACCAUCGGACGCAUAUGCCCUGUUGGCGGCAAAUGUGAUGUACGACCUUAGUAGACGGGAAAACAAAUCGGAUUACCUCUUUGAGGCGCUGUGCCUGCUGCAGUACGUCCUGCGAAAUAGCACUAGCAACUUCCACGUGAAGCUGCUAAGUUUAAAGAUCUACCAUAUGUUUGGGUGCCAGGUGGGUGCCCAAGAGAUGUACGAGUAUCUGGACAUCAAGCAGAUCCAGCUGGACUCGAUGGGCUAUGUUCACUGCCAACUGUUGCCCCUUGGCGGUCGCUUCUCGGGUACGCGGAACGUAUAUGACGCCACUCUCAAGUUCUUUACCAACAGCUACAAGGAGCGGUUGGAGUAUAUUGCUUUGACUUAUCGAUUCUGCACGUUUUCAAAGAUGGAAGAGUUUAUGAACUUUAAGGAGCGGUUGACCAAUAGCUUGCAGUACGUAGCAUGCUCAGUGGAGGCGCAAAUCUGUGACCUGGUCAGUUGUUAUGGAAAUAUUCAGCAAAACCUGACGGCUUAUACCGCGAUGAGCAUUGAGCCGGCGGAAGACCGGAUCGCCUGGCAUGAGUUAAGCGACAAUCGUGACUUGGGGGCUGUCAUCCGCUGGGAUCCUCUUCACGAAGUGGAUGCUGCGGAGGAGCGAAAGGAGUCCUUCGACCAAGAGGUGGAGGUCUUGCAGCUGCGCUCACUGAUGCUCAGACUCUUUGCGUCCUUUAUCGACUUGUAUCACGGCACCAGCUCAAAAGAACAGCCGGCGGGAACGGAGACCGCCACGGUGGAGCUCCUGCGAGAGUCCUGGACGGGAUUAUUCCAACGACUGCGGCUUAUGAACUAUAAGCCGUUGGCGCAAAAAUUUCUAGUCAACCUGCUGCCCACGCGCCUUACCCUUCUGCUUGACCUGCCGUACGAGCGCUUCUUCGACGACAUGGCGCAGUUGGUUCUGGACCUGCAAAGUGGAUCCGGAAAGUUGGCCGAGCAAUGCAAAAGGGUGGGCGACAACGUCAUCGCGGUUAUGGAGCUGUGCGUGCAAACUAUUAAUGAUAGCAACGACUGCAACGACACGGACGGUUUGUGGAAGCGACGGGAGCAGCAGCAAAAGGUGGCUGCUAGCCUGGAAAUGCUUUCACUUUACGCCUUUCUGCUUUCCGUGCUAAAUGACAAGCUGCAGGUCAGCUCAAAAACAAAGACGAAGAAAAAGCCAGCAGACUCUAAGGUUGGUGGACCACAGCCGAUCAGCGAAAAGGAGCGAAGCCAGAUGUUGCAGGAACUAAUGCGGCAGCUUAAGCACAAGCUGGAAACCUGCGAUGCAGCAAUACGCUCCUGGAAGGCACCGGUGCUUCCACGCGACCUCAGCUCUUUUAUGUCGGACAUGUCGCUCAAGCCCGAGGUGGAAGCCACGCUAAUCGGCGAUGUCUCCGCCACUUUUAAGGACUCCCAUGAGCUGAUGGUCACCGAGCUACGCAAUCUGCUGAAGGAUAAGAUGCGCAUGGUGGCCAAGUAGAUGAUUCUUUGCUGUGCAAAGGCAAUCGGCCCUACCGGCCAUCUUUGCCAAUCAGGAUCCAAGUUCAUAGUUUGUUAUUUAAUUUUGUUAAAGAAUACAACCGACCUCCCAAUCCUCCCACUGCGAUUAUCUCGAACACAAGA